AUGGUAAUCAUCCUGAUGGCAUACUGGAGUGCAGCGGUUGAAUGUGGUGAAUUGAACGGAACAGAACCCUCGGGUAACGAUCAGCUUCUUUUGCGCAAAAAACGAUUCCUGCUGUUUCCCGUCAACGCAAAUCUUCUGUUUACUACUUCCGGCAACAAGGCAAUGAUUUUCAAAGGCCCGGGUGGAUACUUUACCAUACUUGAGUUGGACAUGUACUACCCCCUGCCAGAUUAUCGCUUUCGCUUCUCAAAGUUUCGACUGGGUGAGGUGGCCAUACUCCCGGACUCUUCUUCGGCAGCACCACCGCCACCAUCGACAACCACAACUACAACCGCAAAGCCGGAAACUUCUACAGCUGCUCCAGCCCCGGUGAGUGAGCACCACAACGGGCAAGAGCUGUCGCCGUUGGAAGUUCAGCAGUACCUGAAAGAUCAUCCCGGUGCGUGGGUUCCUCCGGGGUACGGCAAAGACCGUUCCGAUUGGUUCCCGGUUGAGUCCUACAACCAGCACUUGAACAAUUGGCACCAAAGCAAUUGGAAUACUUAUCCAUCUCAGCAGUACAGCUAUCGGUACAUUCCACGGAUGCAGCGUUCUUUAGGAGAUUCAGAGGACGAUCUCGAUGAGGAUGAUCACUUCAACAUCAGCCACCAUCGUGACUGGGAGCACUUCCACCAUUACCGGGAACGUCGUGAGCUGUACCACACGCUGGAAACGGGAAUCGGUAGCAAGUUCGACUUCUCGAUGAAAUCUUGCAUCAUGAGAGCGAUCUGUGAGGCGCAAAGUUUCCUCAUGCCACCGGGAAAGUCAAUGGUGAUGGACGUUGUGCGGAUUUUGUUCAGUGUUCCACUGAAGGAAGAUUUGCACGAUGAGUACAGCAAAGCGAUGCGAGGGGAAGGACUCGAUUGUCAUGAGCAGUACGGCAAGCACUGCCCGAUCAGUAUAUUGUAUUUACUGUUGUUUGGAAAAUUUGUGCUAUAA